AUGCAUGACAUAGACCACACCAGCCAUUUCGGCGACGCCCCACGCCCCGACUCCACCACGCUCCCCAUGCAGACUGUAUCGCAACCAAAACCCGAUGCCACUCUCCCCGGGAACGUAGUAGUAGGGAGCCCGCUGGGAACCAUGCUAAACCGGUUCCACAGCCCGAGUAAUAGCGCAUCGCACCGCCGCCUGGGCUCAGGUGACAGUACAUAUAGUAAUAGGGUUAUAGCGUGGGAUAACGAUCACCCCACACGGACUGUCAGCAGCGCCAAUGUACCACCCACGCCCAGCCUGUGUGGGCCGACGUCGUCGCCGGUCACGUAUCAGGGAGUUCCUGUGUCGUCGCAGCCGUCUACCCCUGGGCCUUUCUCACCAGUUCCGUUUUCGGCGUAUCGCUCGCCGUCAAUUACGUCGCUGGAUUUAAAUCCACCACCGGUUCCUACCAGGGGGAAACGGCCGUUUAGGGAUACGAUAAUGGCGGUGCCGAGGCCGCUGUCGAUAUCAAAUAAGCUAAGGAAGAAGAAGAUACGGCCGAUAACAGAGAAUAAGGCGGUUUCAGAGCCGGCUCUGGGGGCCCCUGUGCCCAGCUUUGCAGGGUUUAGCAGGGCGAGUGCAGGGAGUAUGAGUAAUUGGGUCAGCUGGUGGGAGAGCAGUAGCGAUGAGGAGGAGGAAGAGGAGGAAGCGGCGGCGGCAAAGAGGAAAAAGCGGAAGAAAUGA